GGGAUGAGGUGGACAUUGGGCUGCCUCUGUGAGGACGGGCCGCUUCUCCUAGGCCCCAGGCGGUCUACGAUUGAUUGCUGACGGGGCGGCCGUCAUGGCGAUGUUUCCACGUACCUCUGGUAAGGGAGUGCGGUGGAUCUAUUCACGCAGUCACGCGUAACCCCCCUCUGACCCCACUGGUGUGGAGGGGACAGCCGGCCUUCGUUGGGGCCACGCCAAGCCAGUCUUGUUGGGGGGCGUCACCGCUCCAGAAGCCCAGAGUCGUAGGCCCGAUCUCUGGGUCAUGGCGUGGCCAGUCGAUCGGCCUCGCGGUUAGUAGGGAUCCCUCUUUUGGGGGUGGCGCAACGUGUGGUCACGUGACGAAGUCGUGGCGAUAAUUGACGCUGAACAGAGAUAGCAUUAGAUUUCUUGAUCAUUGCUGGCGCCCACCACGUCCUGACCACCGCUAGCGGAUCAGACGUCUUGACCACCGCGGCUCGGCGUGGUCCCAUGCCUUCCCCAUCCGCGUCAUGACGUUUCAAUUCACUCUUGGAGGAAUGCAGGCUCGUCAGACACAUUCGAGUAACCAUGACAGGAUGGUCCCAGGAUUCUGGAUGGGAUGGGAUCGCCAUGGACCGCCAAAAUGAGCUUCCAACUGAGGCUGUAUGCUGCAGUCGAGGCCCUUGUGUGCAGCACACCGCUCAGCGCGCUGGCCAGCUCGACAGACGGACGCAAGUCGCUGUUGGGCUUGUCUUGGGCGUUUGCCUUUGUUGACGACGCAGGCGCGGCGGGGCCCGUGCCGCGCCUGGUGCGGGGCGCCCUGGAGGCCGAGGGCGCCCGGCGCGAUGCGCGGCGGCGGUCGGGGGCAGCCGCGCACGUGGCGCCCCUGGCGCAGGCGCCGUCUGAGGCAGGGGUCGCCUGCGGUCCGUGGCUGGCCGCGGACUUCGGCGACGCGUACGUGCUCGCGAAGCCGGCGGGCUGGGAGGUCGACGUCGCGGAGGAGGCGGUGCCGGGGCGCGCCGAGCGCGCGGGCACGUGUCCUGCGUGGCAGAGGC